AUGAGCGACAAAGCAACCAUUCAUAUCUCCAUAUAUUCGCUCAACAACAAGACCACAAUCGACCAGCCGAUCUACAAGGUGAGCGCCCAAGCAGAUAUCGAACUACGGCCAGAGCACUUUACCACCAUAUCAAAUCUGCAGAUGGCUAUCUCGGAGCAUACCCGCGUUGGCUUUCUACGAUCUCAGUUUUUUCGAAUAAGCCUCCAGACCCUUUUCCCAGAUGAGUUCAUCUCUGACACGAAGACCUUGCAGCAGUACAUGGGCAACGGGGACGUGAUUCCCGUGGAAUUGCAUAAUCUUGUCGUGGUCCGAUAUACCAAGGCCCAGUGCAGCCAGCUCCGCACCAAAGUUACUUUUGAGGAGCUCUUCUUUUUAGACAACAUCAUUAGACUCAAGCGUAAGUAUACCCGAGCCUCUAUAAUCACGGCUUCAAGCAUUGGACCCGUCUGUACCUCGACGCCCACAGGGUCCCAACAGCUGAAGACCGUCUCUCCCAUGUUUGGUGAGUCGAAGCACUCCAUUGGACCAGGAGCUUCAAGCUUGGUCGAGUCCUACGAUCGCCUCAUGCCGGACCAGCGAGCCCAGCUCCUGGGCUGUGCUGCCACGGUCAUCGACGCCACGGCAGAAAGGCCCCAGGCCUUCGACGAUGCAUUAGUGGACCUGAAGCGGGUUUGUGGGACACAGUACUUUAGACCGUACUCAUUCCCUGUUAUUGAGCGUGCAACCGCCCUCUACAAGGCCGGUGCACUCCCCAUCUCGAGCAUCCUGAGAGUUAUGGCCGGAAAUUGUAACCUCCAAAAUCGAGUUGGGGGCGUGACAUGCAAGAGGCACUACGGGGUCCCGACAGUCUCUAUGGAGGUCCCCCUAGACCUGGUUGACGAAGUCAACGCAUUCAUAGGCGCCAAGAUGCUUCGUAGGAAUCUUUCUACAGAACGUAGAACAUCUAGCCCCUAG